CAGCACAUCACACUGGAGCCCUUGUGCCCCCAGUACAGAGCACAGCACCUCACAUUCAGGCCCCCAGCACGCCAAGUUGGAGCCCUGUGCCUCCAGACAGCCAACACAGAAUCACAGCAUCCUUAGAGUCAGAAGAUGUCUGUGCCCUCAGUUCAGCCCAGCACCUCUCACCCCCCUCUCAGCACUCCCACUUCAGCCAAGGGCUUACAGCUCGGCCCAGCACCUCAUGCUACCCAGCAGUGCUCCCACCAUCAUCCCAGUGUCCCCAGUUCGGAUCAGUACCUCACAUGCCCAUGCACAGUGCACCAGAUCAGCCUGGCACCACCAGUGUAUUCCAGCACCUCACAUAUCCACAGUGCCUCUGGCACCUCACACCUCUCCGGUGCCCAUGGUGCCUGCAGGUUCAUUCCCACCUCUUCCCACAUGCCCACAAACCCCUUCACUAUUUUCAUGUCUCAAGAUCUCCUUUGGUCGCUUUGAGUCAUUCAGUUAUUACAACUCUAGAACUACAAGCUGCUGGCCAACAGCAAGUGCCACAAACUGUGUUCCUCUGGCAGCUCUUUUGGCUCAUUUGUCUUAUUGUGUGUCCAGCUGAGAUCAGAAAACUAACAGCAAUUUUGUCAGAGAAUGGCCCAGGUUUUUCACUUCAGUUCAUCCAUAUUUGAUAGCAAUAUUUAGAUAUUUGAAUGCUCCGAGAUAUCCCCACUCUGGAUUUUUCUCUGCAAGAUUCUUUCCUUGGACUUCAGGCAGAGAUGGGUGGUUGGGGACUGAAAGGGAGAUGAGCACCCGCAGUGAGGGCUUAAUCUGCACAGCCAUUCUCUGCCAGGCAGGUGAUAACAAUUGAAGCAAGAGAAGCUGCCAUUGAGGGGAGAGAGUUGUUGGUGAGCGAUUAAAGAGCAGUCACAUUAUCACAGCAGAGCAUUCAUCGUGCUCCAGUGCUGGGCAGCUACGUUAGAAUUUCCCAGUGUGUCUGCUUCCAAGCAUAACUUUAUUUUCUUCAAUACAAAAACUGCAGGCAUAUUUGUCACUUCCAGCUCUUGGAGAUGAGUUAAAGCAAAGCUCUAAAAAACUGCAAGCUCUUUGAGUGCUAGUAGGAAAUGAAAGAAUAAAGCCAGGAUAAAGAUUCUGCUUUUAAGAUUUCCAAAGCCUAAUGCACCCAAAUUCUUCAGAGUUAGAGCAGAUGUGUGUGCCACUGUUACCCUCUGAAAUUCCCUUGGGAGAGAGGCGACUGUGCAGAACAGAGGCCCAUGGGGACAGUUACCGUUCAUUUAACGAACAGGAAAUUAUAACCUCACUUAUAAUGAGCAAACAGGUCUGUUGCUGACUUCAACUGACAGCCUGCUUUGGGAGAGGAUAAAAAGAAGACCUACAUUAGUACAAAAAAACACUUUUCUCAUUUGCUCCAUGCUUUGUUCCUGCAGGAGCAGGACAAGGCAGGACAGGCAGCCCCAAAGCCAGGCUGCUGUGCAGCAGGACUACGUGCCAGCUCAGCCUGCUGCUCCUUCCCAAGGCUCUGGGAACAUUUCACAGCUUCAUAACAAAGAUACAUUGCCUGUACUCAGGUACACAUCAUGCUAUAGGUUUAUGAAGCCUAAAUAUGAAAAGCAAUAGAAAGAGACACAGUUUCCCAGAGGAUGUAUCAAUCCUGCGACAGAGGAACAACACUGGCUGUGUUGUCCAAUUCCUUGAGUCGCGUAGGCCAGGAGCCCCAAGGGUCAGCACCCUGUGGGCAGCUGGAACAGUGGGGCGAGGAACUUGGCUGAGAAGGGACGGAGCCCAUCUCCAUGUCACAUUGCUGCACAUGGCCGCAAAUCUCUCUACUCCCACCAGGCUCUUUUCUGAAGAGCUCCUGAAGCUGUCCCCAGCACAACUCUGACCCUAGGCAAGCAGUGAGCCCCUCCUAGCAAACCACUGUCACCUUUGGGCUGCUCUGACUUUUGUGAUAGUGCAGGAGCAACUCUUGGAGAAAGAAUCCAAGUUCAAUAAGGACUUCAGCACUUAUCGUUCAUAUACAAAGCAACAAGCCUCCGGUACAGGCAUCACUCUGAUCUUCAUGCCUACAUGGACAUUAAUCCUCCAGUCGUGGAGGACCGCUGCUCAGGUUAAACAGCUGGCAGCAAAAUAGGAAGGAGUAUUGCUGGCAUCUGCUUGGCUAUAUCUGAGUCACGGGGACUUCCCUCAAGCACUGUCAGCAGAGCUUGGAGCAUCGCCAUGCAGUGGGCGAUGUAAGAGGUAGCGCUUUCAGAAGGAGACAACAACAGCAUUAUUUUCAAAGUAUUUUCCUAUUGGAACACUGCACAUGUUUUUUAAAUGCAUGUAAUUAGAGAUGAUGAAUACAGCUUCUCUCAAUACCUCCAUCCAUUUAAGCUGAUGUAAACUGAAUACAGCAUUUUCCUGUAUAAAGUGCUCAGUGCCUGUCCUGUCAGCAGGGCAGCCACAUCUGGAGCACAUUGCGUGUAGCCGCUGGUAGUGCUGUCAAACACAAACACAUCUUGAUAAGGAAUCUGGCUUAUACACAUCAACCUGCUCAGCACAAGCAUGCAGUGCUGUUUGGGCAAAGAACACGAUCUGACACCUGGCCGUGCCACCAGCUUGCCAUGCACUGCUACUGAGGUUUAAUGGGGUGGCAGAGGGAGGUGAGUGAGGGAGCUUCAUGUGCUGACAGCAUUCCCCAAGCAUUGGUAGCCACCAUCUCCAGCUGGGUAUUCCUGGAUACUUUGCCCACUUAGCCGUGAUUACAGACCUAUACUGGCCUUUCCUUUACUCGUUUGUCCCUUCACCCAUCACAUGUGUCCAUGCACUGAAGACACAAACCUUCUAGCACAGGACUGGGCUUUAUGUGCACGCCCAGCAUGCAGCACAGUGCAUACCAGCACUGUUUGAGGUGCUGAGGGCUAUUUCAAGACACAAGGGAUAACUGGCUGUAAGAAUCACACAGCUGCAAAUCAAAGAGAUGGAGUAUGAGGCAUUUAUUGAUGCAGCUCAGAUCUGUAUCAGAGGGAACUGCAGAUUAAGGAAACAAACUGCUGGGAAAUAUCACUGUUACUGUCUCAGGAAGCACUCAGCAAUUUGAGAUCUGUGCACAUCUGACUGGGCUUUCUCCCAUAAACAUGCUUCUUUUUAGUACUAUACUUGAUUUCAUAAGCUGUCUCUCCCUGCAUUCAUGUGAAUCAUGACUACUGGUGCUGUAUUUAGCAAUAUCAGUAGUGGAGUCGGUCCCUAACUCUUCGCAAGAGGCCAGUAAAUGCCUGACAGUGCUGGAGCAUAUGCCAAAAUCUCCACUGAUUUCCUCAGAAUCAGGGUCUCACUCCCCGUCCCGAGCCAUACUGCACAUAUUCUAGCACUACCUAAGAAGUACUGAAUAUGCAAUACUAGGCCAUGUAGUGGCCAUGUGUAUUGGAUAUGGCCCAGAAAGACCCAGUGUGCACAUCUGUGAAGCAAGGUGACAAAUACAAAUUACCAUCCAAGCUUUUUAGUUUGCUCAAAAUCCACUCAAAAUCCACUUAAAGACAUGUCCUAAUCCUCCAUCACUAGAAUGUUCCAGCUCUAUCUCUCCGUUCAACUUUUUCAGGCCACACGGCCAAUACGUGUUAAGAAGCAAGAAGCUGAUAACACCAGCAAACCAGGCGGCCAGUGCACUGACCCUGACCGAAAUGGGCUUUGUUUCAGGGGGAGAUAAGGGUCUCCCACCUCCAUGGGUGGGCCUUUGGAGUGACCAAUGAGUGUGGACAGACACCAAGGCCUGCUCUCCUCUUCCUCUUUAUAACCAGGGCCGUGAGGGCACUUAGUACAACCUGCUCUGGGUGUUCGCUGAAGAGAGCCUGAGCCAGCACUCUCCUGCAAAAUGACACUGACCCAAGCUGAGAAGGCUGCCGUGACCACCAUCUGGGCAAAGGUGGCUACCCAGAUUGAGGCCAUUGGGGCAGAAUCACUGGAGAGGCUUUUUGCCAGUUACCCUCAGACGAAAACCUACUUCCCUCACUUUGAUCUCAGCCAAGGCUCAGUUCAGCUUCGUGGCCAUGGCUCCAAGGUCCUGAAUGCCAUCGGGGAAGCUGUGAAGAACAUCGAUGACAUUAGAGGUGCUUUGGCCAAACUAAGCGAGCUACAUGCUUACAUCCUUAGGGUUGACCCAGUGAACUUCAAGCUGCUUUCCCAAUGUAUCCUGUGCUCCGUGGCUGCCCGCUAUCCCAGUGAUUUCACCCCAGAAGUUCAUGCUGCAUGGGACAAGUUCCUGUCCAGCGUUUCCUCUGUUCUGACCGAGAAGUACAGAUAAAUGGCUUCCACACCGGGUUAGGGACAUGCACGGAUGGCACACAACAGCUGCCAAGUUCUGGGGUAUUCUUCCUAUGCAGUCCCCUCAACUGUCCUAUGCAGGGGCUCAGCCAUCUGCAGACUAAAAUAAAUAAUUCAA